GUAAAUAACAUGGGUUCUCAGCCGGAGACUUCUUUUUGCUAGAAUCCUCCAACCUCCCCUUCAGACUUCAGCUGCAUCACCACCGCUGCUAAAAAGGAAAAACAGCAUAGGCAAAAACUUGUAUGAACACAAAACCACAGCCAGGAGCAACACGGAUGGGCUCCUUUGCCAACGGCCAGAAUGGUUCGGAGCUUGGCAUCCAGACGCCAGCCACGGGGAGCAACGCGGCGCUGGAGCCUCCCACAACAUCUGCUGCAGCACCAAGAUGUCCACGGCUGGGCAUGGCCAUGGUGGCAGCCAGAGCUGCAGCCCUGGUGAUGGCUCUGCUCUCAGUGUCGCUCAUGGUCUCCGCCAAGCAACGGGGCACUCUCGCCAUCUUUGGCAUCGAGAUUCCACUCUAUGCCAAAUGGUCCCUCUCCGAUUCCCUGCAAUCCUUGGUUGGGAUAUCCGCGGCGGCAGCUGCCUACUCUCUGGCACAGCUUCUGUCGAUUGCACACACGGCCUUGAAGAAAGCCCCUGUGGUUCCGUCCAGGCGCUAUGCCUGGAUGCUGUUGGCUGGUGAUCAGGUGUUUGCUUAUGCGAUGCUGAGCGCGGGAUCAGCGGCGGCGGCGGUGGCGAACUUGAACCGCACCGGCGUCCGGCACACGGCGCUCCCCAACUUCUGCAAGCCUUUGCCACGUUUCUGCGACCUAUCGGCGGCCUCCAUCGCGUGCGCCUUUCUCGGCUGCGCCUUCCUCGCGGCGUCCGCCGUGAUCGAUGUUAUCUGGCUGUCAAGGCUGUGAGAACUUGAGGUAGAUGGUGGCAAAUUAGCACACUCCUUGGCAGGGAGUUCAACUUUCAGGGUGCUGCGCCGAACCUGAACCCGUGAAGUGUCCUCAUGUCUUUGAGCUCGCUGCUUGUACAAAGAUUGCAUCGCCUGGAUGUUGAUUUGCAGUGCUGCAAGUUUGCGUCCGAUUCAUAUCGACUGACGCUCGCUUUGUACAACUUUGUAGCACUAAAUUGUGCUAAGGAGCGUCAAUUAAUAUGGAUCGGACGGAGUACUACUCCUACUAUGUGUUUUUUCUCUCUCCGGGAUGCUCUGGUCCUUUGCAGAGUUUGAAUUGGUUGCCGCUUCAGUUCAGUGAAGCAUUGGCACUUGUCUACAAUGACAGUACUAGUGAGUAAACUUGUCUACUUGUCUA